CUCACUGCAAAACACCGAAAGGUCGGUCGCUCAAAUGAUAACAAAUCUAACUUUUUAUCACUUUUAGUUCAGUUUUCUGUUUAGUAAUGGUUCUUAGUCAUCAUUUUAUGAAUCUCCCAUUAUUUUCCUAAAUAAAAAAAUUGAUUUAUGAAUUAAAUAUUGCCAUUUCAGUGUUAAAAUUGAUGUAAAAAUGAGUGCCGGCGAAAAUGAUAUUGUGAAGCGGAAAAAUAGGGGCACGGGACCCAACAUAUACACUGGCGUCCCGACCAUCGAGUACGACGAAGGCCGAGACGAAAAGCCCUGGCAACGGAUACCGUGUGCGGCGCUGGUGUUGCUGUUGGGAUCAUACCUGCUGCUCGGGUAUCUGACGCAGCUGGUGGAGGAUGAGAUGCCUGGGGUCGUGCAUGAGAGAGAUGUGGAGAUUGAUAACUCUGAAUCGUUCAGCGAGGAAGCAGCACAGCGCUACUUGAACGUGACUUCAGGCAACGGCCCCCGCGUGGCCGGCACCGCGUACCACCUGAACAAGACAAGGGACCUCAAGGAGCUGCUGGACGCCAUCGCGCUGCAGGGACGGCUGCCAGUUUGGACCGACUGGCAGAGGACUGAUGGCGACUACUGGUUAGCUUUCAACCCACCACACUUGAACGUAUACCGGAACGUAUCCAACGUCAUCGCGUUGCUGGAGGGAGAGAGCGGAGUGCACGCCAACGGUAGCCUCGGCUCGACCCUGCUGGUCAACUGUCACUACGACUCCGUGCCUUAUGCUAUAGGUACAUCGGACAACAUGAUAUUCUGUGCGGUCAUGAUUGAGACCCUCAGCAGGCUCUCACGAAGACAACAGAGGUUGAAACACAACGUGGUCUUCUUGUUCAAUGGCGCUGAAGAAAAUCCUUUACAGGGUAGCCACGCGUUCCUUCAACACGCUUGGUCCAAGAACAUUGUUGACGUGAUCAACUUGGACGCAGCCGGUAUGAAUGGAAAACCUAUAAUCUUCCAGGUAACGGAUCCCCGCAUACUAGCGGCGUAUCGGCGCGUGGUGCCACGUCCAAGUGGUCAGAGCAUUGGGCAGUUCCUAUUCUCAUCAGGGAUCAUACCAUCCGACACCGACUUUCGGAUUUGGAGGGACUUCGGCAAAAUCCGGGGUAUGGACAUAGCCUUUAUAAAGUGGGGUCACUUAUACCACACUCGUUACGACAGCCCAAAGUAUCUCAUGCCGGGAGUAGUACAGAAUGCUGGUACCAUGCUGCUUAAAUUAGUCACAGAGGUGGCUGAGAUUGAAGACCUUUAUGUGGAGAAAGAGUCCACCUACUCAGUGUACUAUGACUAUCUAUACACGUUCCUCGUGACAUACUCGUUGUCGGCGGCCCUGGCUAUAGAUAUCAUCGUCGCACUGUUUGGAGUGACUAGCGUCUUCUACUACGUGUGGUUGGUUGGCCUCAGAUGGUCAUCAGUCCAGGAGUUACUGUUCUCGGUAGUCGGUCGCAUGGUCAGCAUGGCGGCUGGUAUAGUGGUCACCGCUAUAUUGGUUCCUAUCAGCGUUGCUAGCACCACGCAACUCAGGUACCUGUCGCAGCCGUGGAUCGUGGUCCCGAUGUACUGGAUGCCGUAUGUGAUCACUGCCGUCUGCGUGUCGCAGCUGUUCGACGCCUGGAGGACUAAGCGGAGUGGUUUAAACCGUUCGAUCCGUUCUCUGCAAGCGCAAGCGGCCACCCGGCUGCUCCUGUCGGCAGUGCUGCUGGUGCUGUGCUGCGUGCCCGCUGUGACCACCAUGCGGUACAUGUUCACCGUGCCACUGCUCAUCAUGUCCGUCAUGUCGCUCGUCUCACUCACACUCGUCAGAUACAUCAAACUCACAGCGUGGCAGCAACUGUUGAUGGAGGUGACGUUCUCGCUGCCAACAACAAUGUUCCUGUUGUCUCUCAGCCUCAAGUUCACGGCGCUGCUGCAGCCCAUCAUGGGGCGCUCGCACACGGACACGCCGGAUUACGUCAUCGCAGCCGUCAACACGGGGCUCGCAGUGCUUGUUAGCUGCUCUGUGUCGGGCAUAGAGCUGCUGUUCUCCCGCAAGCGGCUGUGGGUGGUGGCGGGGCCGCUGGCGGCUGUCUGCGUCAUCGUCAUGUUUAUCCCCUUCAGCCCCUACCAGGACGAGGGGCCCUCCACGCAGAGGCACUACUGGUUUCACACGGAGAUAAUAACUUACAACUACGCGGGCGAGGUGACGGCCCGCUCGUCCGGGGUGCUGGUGACCAAGCACGACGCGUACAGCACGCGGACCGUGCUCUCCGAGCUGCGGAGCCGCGGGGCCGCGCUCGUGGCCAGGACCGAUUUCGACAGCGACUGCCAGCGACAUGUGUUCUGCAAUCUGCCGCUUUAUAGGCUGCGGUUUGGCGAUUACCUCUUGACAGCGCUAGCCCGAGAGAGCCUGUUCCUGUCGACGGGUCCGCCGGCGCCCUUCACUCCGGAGGCGUCAGUGCGGGUCACAUCUAAGACUUGUACCGGAGAGACAUGCACCUUCAACUUCGUUAUGACGGGUCCCCCCCACAACACGCUGACCCUGUGGCCGCUGCCACAAGUAAACCUGACUUCAUGGAGCUUCUCAUCGCCAGCACUCCCCUCCCUUGAGCACGGCGGCCGACCAGUAUACGUCAUAGUACAUUCCACGGCGACAUGGUCCGAGGUUCUUCAGCCGCUCAACUUCACAGUCAAUUUUAUUGUUCCCCUCUCGCAGCAGGCGGCGCCGGUGGUGCAACUCACCCAGCACGCUCACAAGAUCUUCCACCCCGAGGACUACACUCCCGAGUACCGCAGCAUAGUCGACGCCGCGCCGCCAUACUUCAACAUAGCGAGUUUCCUUAGCUUCAGGCUAAAUUAUGUCUUCUAAUUCUAGAAUUAUAUUGCCACGAUCAAGUCCAGGAUGGUUUGAAGAAACGCCAGGUCGAGAGUACUAUCGGCGAACAUGCGUGAAGACUUUAAUGAACUUUGUGGGUGACUUUGGUGGAGGAAGCGAAAGUGGUGUGCCAAGAUCGUAGUGUGUGGAAAUAGUGUGUGUAUGUGUGGGGGGAGUGUGUGUGUGUGUGUGCAUUAUAUUACCUCGGAGAAACUUGUGAAAAUAGGCGCAUCUAGGAUUAAUUCAGUCGGUCUGUCAAAUUCAAACGCCCAUACAACACAAGUAGACCUUUCUUGCAUGAAUACUGCUAAAGUAUUUCCUUUUUGCUACGUAUUAAAAAAAAAGAAGAAUAGAACAAUAAAUAACUUAUAAAAUAUGUCAAAAAAUACUUAAAUUACAAAUUGUAACAUGGCUUCUUGCUUAGUCAAACAGCCGUGCCUAAAUUUUUAGAGGGUUGUUUUAGAUUUGUGCCUAAAAUUGACGUGUGUUCCAUAAAUUUUAUACCUGUCAAUCGACGGGUAAUCACCCGUUCCUUUCCUUUUCGGCCGAUUAGAAAAUGACAGGUAUAACUUAAAAUUAUUUAGGUUGUGUACUAAAAUGAUCACCAUUAUCAUAUUCGUAUGCCCUUUACUUUUCCAGUGAUGCCAAAUAAUAUUUAAAACGAUGUUUAACAGUGGCUCAAAGUGUAUUUCUAUGAGUAAAUUAAUAUAUUGGCCCCGAUUCCUGCAGACACCGCCUAAUUUUAUUUUAAGUUAUAUCCGUCGAAAAGGAAAGGGACGAAUGAUUCACAGCUCUUAAUUUUAGGAAGAACGAGUAAAUGAAUGAAUAACCCGGGCGAAUCAAAAGGCACGUCGCUGGUAUGCAAUCCGUUUGACGUGCUGUCUACUUAACUGUGUCGGGUUAUUGACGGAUGUAAAAUUUUUAGACAGUUGGUUUAGAUUUGUGCUUAAAAUUGACGUGUGUUCCAUAAAUUUUAUGCUUGUCGAUUACCCGUCCCUUUCCUUUUCGGCGGAUAAGAAAAUGACAGAUAUAACUUAAAAUAAAAUUAGAUGGUAUUUACAGGAAUUAGCACCAAUAUGUACUUAAUUUUAAAAACGCAGGGCUUUUUAAAAAAGCCACGUUGUAUGGAGCGUGUGAGGUGUGCUAUUGGUUUAUUGUUUUAUGAGAUAAAUGUAUUUAUUUUGUUUAAUUAGUGUGUGUAAGCGACAAGGAGGGAAUGUUAAAUAAAACAGAAAAAAUA